UCCAUCUCAUCAAGAUGCCUGCAUGUCCGAUCUGCGAUCGUCACUUUAGUACGCACAACAUUGAGUCACAUGUGAACUUGUGUCUGACCAAGGCCUCCAGCAGUGGAGUGGACGAAGACAAGCUGUCCCCAACGCUACCAUCUCCGCCUGGGUGGUCGCAAGCAGCUUUCCACACCCACAUAUUGUCGUCGUCCAAGAGACCUCGUCCGUCCACUCCCCAACGCCACGACGAGGCUCCAUCAAAAGACUCCCACACACCCAAGCGACAUGAUCAUCGACAGCUUGACGCCACCAGACCCAUGGCCGAACGGAUGCGCCCAACCUGUUUCGACGACGUGCUAGGCCAAGACGACCUGUUGGGACCGGACAAACCCCUGCGACGGUUGUUGGAGAGCGGACACAUCCCCAACAUGAUCCUAUGGGGACCUCCAGGAUGCGGCAAAACGACCGUCGCCAUGCUGCUGGCCAAGCAGAAGAAGGACUCCCAGCGCUUCGUCGCCCUUUCUGCGACCACUGCCAAGCUGGCGCAUGUUCGCGAAGUGUUUGAGAAGGCCGUGAACGAGGCGCAGCUGCUGGGCCGCCAAACCAUCUUAUUUGUAGACGAAAUCCACCGGUUCUCGAAACUGCAGCAGGACACGUUUCUCCCGCAGGUGGAGGCCGGCAUGAUCACGCUAGUUGGCGCCACCACAGAAAACCCAUCCUUCGAACUCAACGCGGCACUACUGAGUCGCUGUCGGGUAUUUGUACUCAGCAAGAUCCAGCCAGAUCAUAUUCAACACCUACUACGACGCGCAGCUAGUAUUACUAGCCCGUCCACACCCGUCGACGACGACGCCCUUGCGUUUCUCGCGCAUCAAUGCAACGGCGAUGCCCGCAUAGCCCUGAAUGCGCUCGAGAUGGCGUUACUAUCUACUACUAGUAGUAGUAGUGAUGCUCUCCCAACCCCGAACCCCCGGAACCCCGAAACCCCGAAUCCUCCACCGGUGACCUUGGUCCAUGUAAAAGCGGGCUUUCAACGGUCCCAUGCAUUAUAUGACCGCAAAGGAGACGCCCAUUACGACUGCAUCUCGGCGCUGCAUAAAUCCAUCCGCGGCAGUGACGGCGACGCGGCGCUCUACUGGCUCGGCCGCAUGAUGCAGGGCGGAGAGAAUCCGUUAUAUGUGGCCAGACGGUUGAUUCGAGUGGCGUCGGAGGACGUGGGGCUGGCCGACGCCCACGCGCUUCCACUCGCCACGUCAUGCUUUCAAGCAUGUCAUGCCAUAGGCAUGCCCGAAUGCGAUGUGAUCUUGGCGCACUGUGUCGCAUAUUUGGCAAGAGCACCGAAAAGCGUCGAAGUGUACAAAGCGUACAAAAAAGUCAAGCAAACGAUCGACCAAGGAAAUGACCCGGACGUGCCGCUGCACCUUCGAAAUGCCCCUACAAAACUCAUGGAAAGCUUGAAUUAUGGCAAAGAGUACAAGUAUAACCCCGACUACGAAGAUGGAGCGGUGGACCAAACGUAUUUGCCACCUGAACUCGUCGGGUGUGAGUUUCUCCAGGCCAAAAAUUGGGUGCACAAGAAGGAAUAACUCGGCUUUUAAUAUUCUAUUAUACUAUGUGUAUGUAC